AUGGCAACUAUAAUCUGUAUCCAAGUCAGCUCGAAAUCGAAAUCGAUAGUCCAGAACACCAGAAUGAUCAUUGUAAGUCACCCACCGUUACCUCACGAUGCAAGCAAAAGGCUAAAUGAUUCUGGAGACGCCGACCACUCGGGCCACUACUACCCCCCCGAAGACCACUUCUCGCACCCCGAAUACGAUUCUCAGCUUAGUUCCAACGCUUCAACCAGCUUCUCCAGAGGGUGGGAUACCGUAAGCCGGAAUCUAAGCUCUCGAACCGCACCAGAAGAGGACCUUACCCCGGUCCAGGCUGGCCAGCGGUGCAUAUUCUAUUGGAUAAACUGUCAGUUCAAGGCUGGCGAUCACGACGAUUGGGCCCAGCACAUUUACUAUGACCACUUCAAAUCAGAAGAAUUCCCGGGGAUGCCUGACAAAUUGGAUCUUGGACACACACCUACAUCGUGGACAUGCAGGUUUCGCGGCUGCGAAACCGUUUUUAGGAAUGAUGAUCAUCGAACUUUGUGGGAUGCAAAAUUAGCGCACAUAUUCGGACACUUCAAGAACCACUAUGGACGGCCAGAGGAUAUUCAGGAAGAUCUCACUUGGUUGAAGUAUUACCACGGUAUGGGCUUGUGCCACGCCGCUGACGUUUAUGGCGGUGUCUUCCACCCACCAGCCCAAAAGCCAUAUACCCAAGCAGCUAUGGCGUGGAGAAAGUUGCCGCGAAAGGUAAAGGUUCUCACAAAAGGGCUAUCUCACCAAGAUGCACCGGGUGAGCAAAUACGCUCUGUCCCUAGCGAGCAAAGCGGCUAUAUGCCGCCGCAGCCAGUUCAGUACCAGUCCCCACCAGAGCAGGCCUAUGGCUACAACUCGCAGGUGCCUCCCGGAAUAUACCCACCGCCACAGGCCCCGAACCAAUACCACCACUAUAGCCAGCACAACCAUGUUCAUCCCUCCCCUUACUAG